GGUACCAGUCUCACCUGGUGUCCCUGUAUCCUGCGCUCUGCUGCCCAUUGGUGAAGGCAACCAAGCAUCAUUUUUGUUUAAAAAAAAAAUAAUUCCCAUAUAGUUUUCUUUUCUCUCCCCCAAAAUUUCUACCCUCUGCUUAAAAAUCCUUCAAUUGCCACAUUGCUGAGCCUGUGUGCGGAAGGGAUGGCGGAUGGCAAGUCCGUGUGCGUCUCCGUCGACGAGGUGGUCUCCAACGGCACGGCGGCCCGGCAGGUCCCCCUCUUCCAGGGGCACCUGAAGAAAGUGGAGAACAAGGUGAUGGACCCACACCGCUUCUCCUACCUGCCCAAGAGGCUGGCCGUUUCCAUCGAGUUCCAGGACCUGUCCUACUCCGUCUCCGAGGGCCCCUGGUGGAAGAAGAAAGGUUACAAGACUCUGCUGAAGGGCAUCUCGGGCAGGUUUAACAGCGGAGAGCUCAUUGCCAUCAUGGGUCCCUCGGGAGCCGGCAAAUCGACGCUGAUGAAUAUUCUGGCUGGCUACAGAGAGACGGGAAUGAAAGGCCAGGUCUUGAUCAAUGGCCGUCCUCGCGAGCUCCGAUCCUUCCGCAAGGUCUCCUGCUACAUCAUGCAAGAUGACAUGUUGCUCCCCCACCUCACCGUCCAAGAGGCCAUGAUGGUGUCAGCAAACCUGAAGCUCCAGGAGAAAGAUGAAGGCCGGAGGGAAAUGGUGAAGGAGAUUCUCACCGCUCUGGGACUGCUGGAGUGUGCGAACGUCCGCACCGGAAGCCUGUCCGGAGGCCAACGCAAGCGUCUGGCCAUUGCCCUCGAGCUGGUGAACAACCCCCCUGUCAUGUUUUUCGACGAGCCGACCAGUGGGCUGGACAGUUCGUCGUGUUACCAGGUUCUGUCUCAGAUGAAGUCCCUGGCACAAGGUGGACGGACCGUGAUCUGCACCAUCCACCAGCCCAGCGCCAAGCUGUUCGAGCUGUUCGACAAGCUCUAUGUCCUGAGCCAGGGACAGUGCAUUUACCGGGGAAACGUCUGCAGCCUGGUCCCUUAUCUCAAGGAGAUUGGUCUACACUGUCCCACCUACCACAACCCUGCUGACUUCGUGAUGGAGAUCGCGUCUGGGGAGCACGGGGAGCAGAACCCCAGGCUGGUCACAGCAGUGCAGGAAGGGAAGUGCGACGCCGACUGCAAGGACAGAGUGAGUGAGGACAAGGAUCUGAGUCCCAUGCCUUGGCAUCGACCAUCCAUCGAGGACCCGUCACCGUCGGAAGGCUGCCACAGCUUCUCGGCCAGCUGCCUGACACAAUUCUGCAUUCUCUUCAAAAGGACGUUCCUCAGCAUCAUGAGAGACUCGGUGCUGACUCACCUGCGCAUCAUCUCACACCUUGGCAUCGGCCUGUUGAUCGGUCUCCUCUACCUGGGCAUCGGCAACGAGGCCAAGAAAGUGCUGAGCAACUCUGGCUUCCUCUUCUUCUCCAUGCUCUUCCUGAUGUUCGCUGCCCUCAUGCCCACUGUCCUCACCUUUCCGCUGGAGAUGGGAGUGUUUCUGCGGGAACACCUGAAUUACUGGUACAGCCUGAAGGCCUACUACAUGGCAAAGACAAUGGCUGACGUUCCCUUCCAGGUGAUGUUCCCCGUGGCGUACUGCAGCAUCGUCUACUGGAUGACCGCUCAGCCCUGCGAGGCUCACCGAUUCAUUCUCUUUGCGGCCCUGGGCACAAUGACAUCCCUCGUGGCCCAGUCCCUGGGCCUCCUGAUAGGGGCAGCCUCCACAUCGCUUCAGGUGGCUACGUUUGUGGGACCGGUGACGGCCAUCCCAGUGUUACUCUUCUCCGGAUUCUUUGUCAGUUUUGACACCAUCCCCAAAUACCUUCAGUGGAUGUCCUACAUAUCGUAUGUCAGGUACGGCUUUGAAGGCGUCAUCCUGUCCAUCUACGGGCUGGACCGCGAGGACCUCCACUGCGAGGAGGCCGCCACCUGUCACUUCCAGAAGUCGAAGGCCAUUUUGAAAGAGCUUGACGUGGAGCACGCCAAACUUUACGUCGAUUUUAUUGUCCUCGGCAUCUUCUUUGUCUCCCUCCGCCUCAUCGCCUACUUCGUUCUGAGGUACAAGAUCCGAGCCGAGAGGUAAUAAAACAACGAAGAAAAAAAAUCGUCCGCCCGACUUCACGGGCGGAAAACAGGCGAAUCCGCUUGGCUCACUGCCGUGACUGUUGACCUCAGGACUGAACUUUGCCCUCAGGAUCAAAUGGCGCAAAAAAACAAAAAAAAACUCCCUCUGGCUUGAGUGUGGGACUUGGCUACUUGUUCACCUUCCACCAUCACCCACAAGACAUCGUCACCCUGCUGGAAGACAACCCCUUCCCUAAAUGUUUUCACGUGCCAAAUAUUAUCGUCUCAAGACGGGCUCCGCCAAUUCUCUCCUCCGUUUCGUUCAGGCCAUCCGACUUCCUGGGGUGAUAUCGCCAUGUUAAACAGCAGACCAUCUUGUCCCUACUGCUGUAUAGUCAGGGGAAGUUUAGUAUUCAUGCGAACAGUCGCUGGUGGGGGGGGGGGGGGUCAGAUAAGGUGGGUGUAGAGCAGGAAAAUUGGAUUAUCGGGAAUAGCCAAUAGGUGCAGGAGUAGGCCAUUCGGCCCUCCGAGCCAGCACCGCCAUUCAAUGUGAUCAUGGCUGAUCAUCCCCAAUCAGUACCCCAUUCCUGCCUUUUCCCCAUAUCCCCUGACUCCGCUAUCUUUAAGAGCCCUCUCUUGAAAUUAUCCAGAGAACCGCCCUCUGAGGCAGAGAAUUCCACAGACUCGCAACUCUCUGUGAGAAAAAGUGUUUCCUUGUCUCUGUUCUAAAUGGGUUACCCCUUUAUUCUUGAACUGUGGCCCGUGGUUCAGGACUCCUCCCAACAUCAGGAACAUGUUUCCCGCCUCUAACGUGUCCAAACCCUUAAUAAUCUUAUGUUUCAAUAAGAUGCCCUCUCAUCCUUCUAAACUCCAGAGCAUUCAAAACCAUUCUCUCAGCAUAUGACAGUCCCGCCAUCCCGGGAAUUAACCUUGUAAACCUACGCUGCACUCCCUCAACAGCAAGAAUGUCCUUCCUCAAAUUAGGGGACCAAAACUGCACACAAUACUCCAGGUGUGGUCUCACUAGGGCUCUGGUGUACAACUGCAGAAGGACCUCUUUGCUCCUAUACUCAACUCAACAGUUGUUCCCGACCCAAUAUCGCAACUCCUGUGUCUCUCCCAACUCAAUUGGGUCCCGUCUUCUCCAGACGAGGCCUAGUGCUUGCUCAAAAGAACAUUUUGAAAAAAAAAAAAUCCUGAAUGGAAUUGAAAAGGCCGUUUUCGUAAAUCGAUGAGCGGUUGGAUUGGGGACGUCUCAGCUGGAAGAAGGUCGGACAGCUUCCACCUUCUUCUCUCAUCUCGGUCGUGUCGGUGGUUGGACCAAGGCAACUGGACGUUUUGU